AUGAAUAACAUUACAACUGAAGCCCUGAUAGACCUGAGGAACCGCUCUGACAUUGGCAAAGAAAACUCAUCUCCGCAGACCACCAUCCUGCCAGUUAUGACGAGUGUUCUUAAGUUUGAAAGCCUCUCCUUUACUCCUCCAAACCUGCCUCUUGUCAUUGAAGUGGAUACUGCUGUGACAUCAUGUGCAGAAGGAGCGUUUUUGCCCAAGUUUCUUCCUCCAACACCAGCCAACGGAGCUCAGCUCUACAACAAUGCCAGUCAGACUCUGGAAAUUAACAUCAGUGCAGAGGCAACAAACUCUACGAUCUCUGAGCUGCUGUUCAGCGGUCCAUCUAGUGUAACUGAGAGAAAAACAGGACCAGGGCAGUUCACUUUGACAUGGAUGCCGUCUGAAAGAGAAUAUGGUGGAAGCCAUCCAUUCUGCUUUGUUAUACAGGCAGACUCCAAUGGAACCAAGUACUACUCAGAGCUUCGAUGCGUCAUUGUGAGCAUUGGAAACAAGUCAGAAAUAAUUAUAACAACAACCACUGCAGCAACUCUUCCCAGUGAAGCAACUACUACAACUGGAGCAACUCUUCCCAGUGAAGCAACUACUACAGCUGGAGCAACUCAUACCAGUAAAGCAACUACUACAACUGCAGCAACUCUUACCAGUGAAGCAACUACUACAACUGGAGCAACUCUUCCCAGUGAAGCAACUACUACAGCUGGAGCAACUCAUACCAAUAAAGCAACUACUACAACUGGUGCAACUCUUACCAGUAAAGCAACUACUACAGCUGGAGCAACUCUUACCAGUAAAGCAACUACUACAACUGGAGCAACUCUUCCCAGUGAAGCAACUACUACAGCUGGAGCAACUCAUACCUAUAAAGCAACUACUACAACUGGUGCAACUCUUACCAGUAAAGCAACUACUACAACUGGAGCAACUCUUCCCAGUGAAGCAACUACUACAGCUGGAGCAACUCAUACCUAUAAAGCAACUACUACAGCUGGAGCAACUCAUACCUAUAAAGCAACUACUACAACUGGUGCAACUCUUACCAGUAAAGCAACUACUACAGCUGGAGCAACUCAUACCAAUAAAGCAACUACUACAACUGGUGCAACUCUUACCAGUAAAGCAACUACUACAGCUGGAGCAACUCAUACCAGUAAAGCAACUACUACAGCUGGAGCAACUCAUACCAAUAAAGCAACUACUACAACUGCAGCAACUCUUACCAGUAAAGCAACUACUACAGCUGGAGCAACUCAUACCAAUAAAGCAACUACUACAGCUGGAGCAACUCUUACCAGUAAAGCAACUACUACAACUGGUGCAACUCUUACCAGUAAAGCAACUACUACAGCUGGAGCAACUCAUACCAAUAAAGCAACUACUACAACUGCAGCAACUCUUACCAGUAAAGCAACUACUACAGCUGGAGCAACUCAUACCAAUAAAGCAACUACUACAACUGCAGCAACUCUUACCAAUAAAGCAACUACUACAGCUGGAGCAACUCAUACCUAUAAAGCAACUACUACAACUGGUGCAACUCUUCCCAGUGAAGCAACUACUACAGCUGGAGCAACUCAUACCAGUAAAGCAACUACUACAACUGGAGCACCUCUUCCCAGUGAAGCAACUACUACAGCUGGAGCAACUCUUCCCAGUAAAGCAACUACUACAGCUGGAGCAACUCUUCCCAGUGAAGCAACUACUACAACUGGAGCAACUCUUCCCAGUGAAGCAACUACUACAGCUGGAGCAACUCAUAAAAUUAUUCUGAUCAUGGGACCUUUACUUUCAAUUCUCAUCCUUUAUAAGUGAAUGUGGACACAUUGCUAGCUGAGGACCAGAAGAUAUCACAUCAGACCUCAAAAGCAGCGCGAUGCAGAUGAGUGUGGCUGCAGCACCACCCAAUUUUAAAACAUGAACAUCUACCUGCAGAAAAAUCUUGAAUUCUAUCUGUUCAUUAAGUUUAUUUACUCAUUCAUUUUUGUUUUUCUUUAAUAUCGAAUGAAAUCCAAUGAAAUCUAAUAUUGUUGAUCAUUUUAUGCAAAGAUAUAUUUCACAUUUUAAUUUUAUUAUUGGUUGUUAAAUGACUGUCCUCUUUCUUUCAUCUUAUACCUUCUCUAAUCAGUUGUUGCUAUUAGAAAUACAGUGGCUAAAAUAAAUAAUGAAUAACAACACCACAGAUGACAACAGAGCUGCUAUUGAGAUGAAAUUCUUACCAGAUAUUGGUAACAUUCUGUCCAUUCCACACAAGCAAAGAAAUCAAACCACAGAUGUCCAUAAAUUAAGUUAUGUGUGAUAAUGAGAAAUAACACAGGGAUGUUGAACACGUGAAGAAUGGGUGGUGCAAAAGGGCAUGGAAAGUCUUGAAAACAACUAAAAUAUAUCAGUAAUUAGAAAGAA